AUGGACAUACAGAUAUAAUAAAAUUAAGUAUUUUCAAGUAUUCACGUAGAAUGUGAAAGUGCUGAACAGUUUCAAAUUGCAGUGCAGUAAUUCAGUGUUACCAAAUGGGAAUCAAAUUCGCCCCAUUGAAUGUCCCCUUAGAACGGAGACUUCAAACAGCAUCGGUAGCAUUUACCAUGCUUUUCUUCCCUCUAGGGGGUCCCAUAUUUUUAAUGAUCACAAUAUAUGUUCUUCUCUUCACAAAGUUCUGGUGGCUCAUAGCAAUUUACCUAACUUGGAUGUUUCUUCUGGAUUGGAAAAUUGAAGAAAGAGGAGGACGUGAGAGUAAACUCAUUAAAUUUUCACCUGUUUGUAAAUAUUUACUGGAUUAUUUCCCUAUCAGAGUUAAUAGAUCACCUUGGGUCGAAUUCAAGAAAGAUAAAAAUUACUUGUUGUGCUGCUUUCCCCACGGUGUACUAGCGCUCUCACAAUUUAAUGUCUUCGGCAAUGGGUUCAGUGAAUUCAAUGAAUACUUUCCAGAUCAUAAAGUCAGGGUAUGUACCCUCAAACAAAAUUUUUACAUGCCUAUCUAUAGAGAGGCCAUAUUGGCCAUGGGAACCUGUUCUGCUUCUAAAGAAUCAAUUCAGUAUCUGCUAAAUCAGCCUGGUGGAGGACAUGCAGCAGCACUAGUGGUAGGAGGGGUGGCUGAGGUCUAUUACGCAGAACCAAGAAAAUACAAACUCGUAUUGAAGAACAGAAAAGGGUUCGUUAAAAUUGCCAUACAAUCUGGAAGUCCAUUAGUUCCAGUUUUCUCUUUUGGCGAGACAGAUUUAUUCGAUCAGUGCAGAAAUCCCAAAUUGAAGAUAAUACAGGAAAAAGUGAGAAAAUUAAUAGGUCUUGCUCCAGUGGUGAGUUCUGGAAGGGGCAUUCUGCAAUACAGUUUUGGUAUUAUUCCACAUAGAAGACCCAUCACAGUGUUGGUUGGUCCGCCAAUAGAAGUGGAGAAAAAUGAGCAUCCAUCUAUGGAAGAAGUAGAUAAAUAUCAUCAAUUGUUCAUAGACGAAUUGAUUACGAUGUUCGAGAAGAACAAACAUUUAUAUAUUGAAGAUAGUGAAGAUAUACAUAUUGAACUGGUGUAAAAAUGGUUUAAGAGUUGUAUUUGUAUAAUUUAUUGGAAUAAACAUGUACAUUUCAUUUUUAA